AGCACUGCUGCAAAAUGUCAUUCACUGAUGCACUUACCAUUGUUGGAGGAUUUACAGCAGUUUACCUGAUCUGGAGGGUCUGGUGUGGAUUCAGAGAGUAUGCUUUGUCACAGCUUUGGCAAGAGGAUUUAAGGAAAUUUGGACAAUGGGCAGUUGUCACCGGUGCCACAUCUGGUAUUGGUAAAGCUUAUGCAAGAGAGCUGGCACAAAGAGGUCUGGAUGUGGUUUUGGUGAGCCGAUCAGAUGAAAAGCUUCAAACUGUUGCCAGAGAGAUAGAGGAGCAGUAUGGACGAAAGACUCGCACCAUCCAAGUCGACUUCACAGACGGCCACAGUGUCUACCCUACUAUAGCCAAAGGACUACAAGGACUGGAGAUAGGAAUUCUGGUUAACAAUGUAGGAAUGGUCUAUUCUGAUAAUUUUGAAUAUUUCCUGGAUGUACCAGAUGCUGAACAGAAAAUCACUCAGGUCAUAAACUGUAACGUGCUGUCUGUCCCUCAGAUGACCAGACUAGUCCUUCCAGACAUGCUUGAAAGAGAAAAAGGUCUGAUCAUUAAUAUCUCUUCUUUGGUGGGCUGCCGUCCACAUCCUUUAUUGUCUAUUUAUUCAUCUUCUAAGAGUUUUGUAGCGUAUUUCUCUCAGUGCCUGCACGCUGAGUACAGCUUAAAGGGAAUCACUGUUCAGUGUGUGGCCCCCUUCAUGGUGUCCACCAACAUGACAAAGAGAGUGAAGAACAGCUGCUUUGUGAAGAGCGCUCCAGAUUUCGCCUGGGAGGCGUUGAACACCGUGGGUCACUCCACUUACACCAACGGCUGUCUGUCCCACGCGCUGCAGAGCACGGUCCUCAGAGUACUCCUGCCCGACUGGCUUCGUAUGUCAUCAUCCCUCGUCAGAAAGCAACACAACCUCACGAAAAUUAACGACAAAAUGUCAAACUAAAAAGCUAAAGGAGGGGGAGUCGUGUGACCUUUCCCACAAAGAAGAUGAAGAUCUGUAAAUGCAAAAAGAUGACCAACACAAAUUGACUUUUUUAGAGCUGAACAGUGGCACCAUAAUCGUUUACAUUCACUGUAAGCCAAUGUCUCACUUCUUACUUCAUGAAAUGGUUACAGUGAGUGAGUUGAGGUGUUUUGCAUUGAUGGAUUCUCAGAAAUAGGUUGUUUGCACAUGACGUUAUUUUCAUUGUGUGGCAGUGGCGUGAAAUGCAGAUGGGGGUCAGGAAGUGAUUUGCAGCGUACUGCGCGGACCGGCGCAGACACAUAAACACAAGAAAAAUGCCUACGGUUUGCUUUUUUUAUGGUUUCCCUAACGGAUAAAACAGAGAGAAGUCGACAAGUGUUUAUUGUGUCCAAAAGGUCGGGGUUAAGUAAACAAACGUUAGUGUUGAUAGCAUCGAGGCUAGGAGGACAAUUCAUAUGGAAAUUAAUUAAAAAAUACACACCCUGGCGAAAACCUAACGACAAUCGUUGUUGAGCACCUUGAUACCCACGUUGUGGACCCAACCACUCAAGAAAAUUGUGAGCCUCGAGGCUUUUGAAUGCCUUAAUUUGCUCGGUGAUGUAAAAUGAAGUCAGGAGGACGAGGUAGUUAGUGAUGUCAAUGGCUAAUAAAGCUCGGGUCAGUUAAAAAAUCGGAAGUCCUCAUGAGACGAGGAUCUCUUCCGACACAAUCCAGAAUUUUGUCUUUCUGGAUUGUGUCUUAUUACGGUAUCUAGAGCAGCACAGUACAGACUUUCCUCGGUUGCGUCCAUUCUGAAAUUUACUUCCUGACCCCCAUUUGAAUUCCACACGUCACUGGCAUGACGUUAUUGCAAACAACCUAUUGCUUGAGGUCAAACAUAUCAAACAUCCUCAGUGACAUGAGAGACACAACCUGAACUGCAACCUUAAAGUUUUACAUGCAGGUUUUCUGUGUUUGAAGGACAAAUUGAAGAAUAAAUUAAUUUAAAAUACAAGUUACAAAGUUGACAAUACACACAGUACACAUAUUAACUCCAUUGACAAACAGCUGUUUAUUAUGUACAUCUACAGUGAAGACCAUCAUUAACAAAUGUCAGUCCUUUAAGGCUUUCUCAUUGACCAUUAAAUACAGCUCAAGGUGGGACAUGCCAAAAUGUGCAGAUGGCUUUUUCAGCAACUACUGAGCGGUCCAAGUGAUUGUUGUAACGCUAUAAAAGGAAACAUGACAAGAAUGCAGUGACAUAUUUUGGUACAUUAAAUUAAUUGUAAACUA